AUGUCGGAUGUAAUGCGCGCUCUUCGAAGCCUAGGGCACAUUGUCGAGCUCAUUGGGGGUAUUAAGGAUCUUGUCGAGCGUUUGGCAAUAACUGACGAGAAUGACGAGAGCUCCCCAAGUAAAUGGGACCUCGUUUACAAUGACAGUGAAGGGUUUAUUGGAACUGCUCGAGAAGCUCAGAUUCCGGGAUUACUUGAAGCAUAUGGUAUUCCCUUUACUUGCGCCAGCGCAGCGACCUAUGCGGUUUGUUUGGAUAAAGGGUUGACGAAAUUGACUUUAGAGCUGUUCGGGAUCCCGACAGCCCCGUUUGCCAUUGUCCAGAAUGGCGGGAUUGGAAAUGCAAGCGAACAAGCUCUGCGCGCAAUCAAGCAAUCAAAGCAUGGGGAGAAACUACUACAUUCAUUCCCUCUAUUUGCGAAGCCGGCUGCCGAAGGAACUUCCAAGGGGGUUCUCACGAGCAGUAAAAUCCAUGGUUUUGAGGAAUUAGGAACGAGCGUAGAGAUUCUAUUUAAGAAAUACCCCCGCCAGGAUAUAAUCAUUGAGAGUUUUCUUAAUGGUCGAGAGUUUACUGUGGGUAUCAUUGGAACUGGGGUGAAAGCCCGAGUUUUGGGUGUUCUCGAAAUAUGUUGGCAUAACCGACACACCGUCGACACCUCAACUUUGGAGGUAAUCACAACCAAUGACCGCGGGAUAAGGAUUCUACCAGAAGAUAUGGUUGACUUCUGCACUUUCAACCUUAAAGUUGGUCACGGCUCACAUAAUCUCCAAUCGGUGCCGGAUCCAAAGGACCCGGAGGUAAUCAAAGCUUGUGAGAUUGCUUUGCAGUCGUGGAGGCUUCUAAAGUGCCGCGAUCUGGGAAGAAUCGAUGUGCGCUCCGACAAGUUUGGCCCGGAUGCAAUGCCGUGUAUUAUUGAGGUUAAUCCGUUGGCCGGUCUUAUUCAAGGGGCGUCUUCUCUUGUGACCAUUGCUGAAAACGCCGGCCUAUCGUAUCAAGAUUUAAUUGGGGCAGUCGUUGAGAGCGCAGCUGAGCGUAUUAGACCAACAAUGACCCAACAGAUUCAUGUAUAA